ACACCAAAGUCAGUUCCCGACGGCGACGAUUGAAAGUUCACGGCAUAUAUAUGAUGAGUAGCCUGUCGUUUUACUUAUGGAGAAGCCUGUUUCUCGCCAGUAUCGUAACAUUGGAAGGCAGUGGUGCGUUUCAGUUUCGCUGUGAGCUGAUCAGAAAGAACUACACCUGCACCAUUGCCAACUACAAUCCAGUGACGGAAGGCUCGUUCCUGUUUAACCACGUGCCCAACAGGACGGACAAGAUUGUGUUUAAAAAUCUGCUCCUUCCUAUAGUGCGCAGUACGCCGUUCAGCUACAUACCUCCCCAUGUUGGAAUGUUGUCGUUUAGUGAGUCGAGCCAGGUGCGUGUAAUGAUCGUGCCUAGCAACAUUUCCAUCACCCAGAUUACCGUAACGCUCCCCUCAAUGAAUAGGAUUCGGUUCGAAAGGAACUGCACCCUGGCGCAACUGCUAAUCAUGCAAAGUAACUUAGUAACGUUGCCACCAUCGCUGCCCAAUCUUCAAGCUCUAUCCUUCUUGAAGCUCUCCCAAUCGCCCUUGGAAGCAGUCAAUUUAGCAUCCUUUUGUAACAUCUCACAGCUGGCAACCGUUAACCUCAGGAACAAUCUGAUCGCCUCGCUAACGUUUCAAGCUGCUCCAAAUCCAGGGUGCAGUCCAGCCCUGACAAAGCUAGCGCUGAGCGGCAAUAGGCUCAGAGUGGUUAACAUGACAGUGUUUGCCAGUAUGCGAGCCCUUCGGACGAUCGACUUCGAGAACAACUGGAUCGAGACGGUAGAGGGACAGUUCAACAACACCAACGUCAGGACGGUGAUACUAACAAACAACAAUCUGCUAACGAUAGAUCUGUGCCGGUGGAGCACGAUGCCUGGCGUAGUGUCGUUUACCUUCGCCAAAAACAGUUUGCAGCAAACGCCGAAAUGUUUGGGACGUUUGCCACGGGUGAAGUUUCUCAACUUUAACCACAACAAGCUGACGCGCAUAGCGAUCGAAGCGUUCGCAAUGCUGAAGGAGCUAGAAUUUUUGUAUUUCACCAGCAAUGCUAUACGGACGGUCACCACCAAUGGUAGGCAGGUGCCGCCGAGACUGCGGGAAGUUUACUUCGACCACAAUCCUCUGCAGUUUGUGAACUUGACGAGCUUAUCGCUCGGCUCGCUACGAGUUCACACCUAGAAUGAAGUGUGUCGGAUAAGUUAAUGUGUUUUUAAUGAUCGCCAGAAUAAAAGCAAUUAUGCAAUUGUGAAGUCAUCUCAAGCUGCUAGGCUCCAGAGAAUCCAGAGCCUCCUCUGCCUCGAGCGUUUAAAUCAUUAGGGGGUUUCAUUGUGUCGCAACAGGUAAUCAAGUCUACGUCACACACACAUCCCUAACA